AUGGCCGCGUCCACCCUGUCCGUCUGCUCCAGCGACCUGAGCUAUGGCAGCCGCGUCUGCCUGCCCGGGGCCUCGGACUCCUGCCCCGACUCCUCCUGGCAGGUGGACGACUGCCCAGAGAGCUGCUGCGAGCCCCCGUGCUGCGCCCCGGCCCCCUGCCUGACCCUCCUGUGCGGCCCCUCCUCCCCCUGCCAGGGAGACUGCUGCACCCCUGCGUGCUGCAAGCCCGUCUGCUGCACCCCUGUGUGCUGCAAGCCCGUCUGCUGCACCCCUGUGUGCUGCGAGGACUCCCCCUGCUCAGGCCCCUCCUGCUGCCAGCCCAGCCCCUGCUGCAGACCCUCCUCCAGUGUAUCCCUGCUCUGCCGCCCCGUGUGCAGGCCCGCCUGCUGUGCCCCUGCCUCCCCCUGCUGCACCCCUGCCUCCCCCUGCCAGCCCAGCUGCAGCCGCCCGGCCUCCUGCGUGUCCCUGCUCUGCCGCCCCGUGUGCAGGCCCGCCUGCUGCACCCCUGUCUGCUGCAAGCCCGUCUGCUGCACCCCUGUGUGCUGUAAGCCCGUCUGCUGCACCCCUGUCUGCUGCAAGCCCGUCUGCUGCACCCCUGUGUGCUGCGAGGACUCCCCCUGCUCAGGCCCCUCCUGCUGCCAGCCCAGCCCCUGCUGCAGACCCUCCUCCAGUGUAUCCCUGCUCUGCCGCCCCGUGUGCAGGCCCGCCUGCUGCACCCCUGUCUGCUGCAAGCUCUUUUCCUGCACCCCUGUGUGUUGCAAGCCCGUCUGCUGCACCCCUGUGUGCUGCAAGGACUCCCCCUGCUCAGGCCCCUCCUACUGCCAGCCCAGCCGCUGCUGCAGACCCUCCUCCAGUGUAUCCCUGCUCUGCCGCCCCGUGUGCCCCCGCCCUGCCUGCUCCUGCCCUGCCUCGGCCCAGAAGUCCUGCUGCCAGUGA